GACCCGGAAGGGUGGAUGUUCCCGGCUGGAGGGCAAAGCAAGCCGGGUGGCGGGAACCUUUCGCCGAAAGAAAUUUGGAUCUCUAAUUCAGUGUUGGAAUGGCAUCUGUUUCAGCUCUCACUGAGGAAUUGGAUUCGGUAAACAACGAGCUACAUGCAGUAGACAUUCAAAUUCAGGAACUUCUGGAGAGGCAACAAGAGCUUACUCAGAAAAAAACCAUCCUAACAAACAGAAUAAAGCAGUGUUUGGAGGAUUCUGAUGCUGGGGGAAGCAAUGAAUGUGAUUCUUCACCUGCCUCUUGGAAUAAAGAAGAUUUUCCAUGGUCUGAUAAAGUUAAAGAUGUUCUGCAAAAUGUCUUUAAACUGGAGAAGUUCAGAAUGCUUCAGCUUGAAACUAUUAAUGUAACAAUGUCUGGAAAGGAUAUAUUUCUUGUUAUGCCUACAGGAGGUGGAAAGAGCUUAUGCUACCAGUUACCAGCAUUAUGUUCAGAUGGUUUUACACUUGUGAUUUGCCCAUUGAUUUCUCUUAUGGAAGACCAAUUAAUGGUUUUAAAACAAUUAGAAAUUUCAGCUACCAUGUUAAAUGCUUCUAGUUCUAAGGAGCAUGUGAAAUGGGUUCAUGCUGAAAUGGUAAAUAAAAACUCCAAGCUAAAGCUAAUUUAUGUGACUCCAGAGAAAAUUGCAAAAAGCAAAAUGUUUAUGUCAAGACUAGAGAAAGCCUAUGAAGCAAGGAGAUUUACCCGAAUAGCUGUGGAUGAAGUUCACUGCUGUAGUCACUGGGGUCAUGAUUUCAGACCCGAUUAUAAGGCUCUUGGUAUCUUAAAGCGCCAGUUCCCGAACAUAGCACUGAUUGGGCUGACUGCGACUGCAACCAGUCAUGUUUUGAAGGACGCUCAAAAAAUACUGUGUGUUGAGAAGUGUUUUACUUUUACAGCUUCUUUUAAUCGGCCAAAUCUUUAUUAUGAGGUUCGUCAAAAGCCUUCAAACACUGAAGAUUUUAUUGAGGAUAUUGUAAAGGUCAUUAAUGGGAGAUACAAAGGGCAAUCAGGAAUCAUUUAUUGCUUUUCUCAGAAGGACUCUGAGCAAGUUACAGCUAGUUUACAGAAAUUGGGAAUUCGUGCAGGUGCAUACCAUGCCAAUAUGGAACCAGAAGAUAAGACCACGGUUCACAGAAGAUGGUCAGCCAAUGAAAUUCAGGUGGUAGUGGCAACGGUUGCAUUUGGUAUGGGAAUUGAUAAGCCAGAUGUGAGAUUUGUUAUUCAUCAUUCAAUGAGUAAAUCUAUGGAAAAUUAUUACCAAGAGAGUGGACGUGCAGGUAGAGAUGACACGAAAGCAGACUGCAUUUUGUAUUAUGGCUUUGGUGACAUAUUCAGAAUCAGUUCAAUGGUGGUGAUGGAAAAUGUGGGGCAACAAAAGCUUUAUGAGAUGGUGUCAUACUGUCAAAACAUAAGCAAAUGUCGCCGUGUAUUGAUAGCUCAACAUUUUGAUGAAGUAUGGAACUCAGAAGCAUGCAACAAAAUGUGUGAUAAUUGCUGUAAAGACAUUUCAUUUGAAAGAAAGAAUGUAACAGCCUACUGCAGAGAUCUAAUCAAAAUCCUGCAGCAGGCAGAGGAAAUGAAUGAAAAGCUCACUCCACUGAAACUGAUUGAUUCUUGGAUGGGAAAGGGAGCAGCAAAACUAAGAGUAGCAGGUGUUGUUCCUCCCACACUUCCUCGUGAAGACCUGGAGAAGAUUAUUGCGCACUUCCUUCUACAGCAGUAUCUUAAAGAAGACUACAGUUUUACAGCUUACGCUACCAUUUCCUAUUUGAAAACAGGACCUAAAGCUAAUCUUCUGAACAACGAGGCACAUGUUAUUACCAUGCAAGUAAAGAAGUCCACGCAGACCUAUUUCAGGAUUGAAUCAUCUCAAACUUGUCAUUCUGAAGGAUCUGAUAAAAAGAAGGAAGGGAAAAAUUCGGGCAACUUCCAGAAGAAAUCUGCAAACAUACUUCAGCAAUCUGAUUCUAAGAAUACAGUGGCUAAGAAAAGAAAAAUUGAUGAUGCGUGAGAUGAAUGUUUCUAAAUUUUCCAAGAAAAGAAGUUUUAUGCAUGCAUACACCAUUAUUUUUGUAGUUAAAAAGAAGCUUAAAUUUUAAGACACUUUCAUUAAUACUUUAUAUACAUGAAGCUAUAUUUUAAGAACUUCUCUCUGAAGUAUUGAAAACUUGAGAAUUUGAGAACUUUUGAAAAUUUAAGUGCAUGAACUGCAUACAUUUACAGUGUGAAAUGAGGGGAAAAUAGAUUUUUAAUGUAAAACCCUUUAAAAAUAAAAUACUUAAGAGAAUAAGUUCACAUACCUUACCUAUCUUAAGCUCUUUAUGCCUUGUAAUUUUUUUUUUACAUAACUAUCUU